GAAGCCAAAGCUUGUGCUCCAUCCACAACCGGGAAAUCUCUGGCAAAGAGUAUCGACAUCACAGAGCAAAUUCAAUAUCUGGAGGAGAUACAAAUCAACCAUGUCUUCUGUCAACAAGACCGCUCACCCUUUCGACAAGGCCAGAUUAGAGGCUCUGUUGAGCCACAGAUUUUUCUAUGCACCUGCGUUCGAAAUUUACAACGGCGUUGCUGGAUUGUAUGAUUACGGUCCAGCGGGUUCAGCUCUACAAGCAAAUAUCAUCGCGGAAUGGCGAAAGCACUUCAUCAUAGAGGAUUCAAUGUUAGAACUCGACACCACGAUCAUGACUCCUGCUUCCGUAUUCGAGACCUCCGGACACGUAGCACGAUUCGCUGAUUGGAUGGUGAAGGACUCAAAGACUGGGGAUGUUCUGCGGGCAGACCAUCUGGUUAAGAACGUAUUGGAGGCUAGGUUGGCUGGUGAUAAAGAAGCGAGGGGUGAAGUUGCGCAGCCUGCGGAAAAUGAAAAGAAAAAUAAAAAGAAAGUCAAGAAAACUGCGGUGCGACUAUCAGAUGAGUUGGUGAAGGAAUACGAAGUUAUCCUCGCGCAGCUUGACAAUUAUGGUGGUCUGGAGCUCGGCGAGCUGUGCAGAAAAUACGAUAUCAGGAAUCCCGAUACAGAUAACAAAGUAACGGAACCUCAAGAAUUCAAUCUGAUGUUCGCCAGCAGUAUCGGACCAACUGGUAAAUUCCCUGGCUACCUUCGACCGGAAACGGCCCAAGGCCACUUCCUUAAUUUCUCCCGUUUGCUCGAUUUCAAUAACGGUCGGAUUCCUUUCGCGUCGGCCCAGAUCGGUCGUUCAUUCCGUAAUGAAAUCUCUCCUCGGGCGGGUCUGUUACGCGUUCGUGAAUUCACAAUGGCUGAGAUCGAACACUUUGUCGAUCCAAUGGACAAGAGUCAUUCCAAAUUCAGCGGAGUACGAGAUACGGUUCUCACCCUUCUCGAUCGUCAUGUACAAGCGUCCGGAAGCACAAAGGUCACGGAGAUGUCGGUUGGCGAAGCCGUGGAGAAGGGUGUCAUCGCUAACGAGACACUGGGCUAUUUUAUGGCUCGUAUCCACACGUUUUUGCUCAAGAUCGGCACCAACCGUCGAAGGCUGAGAUUUAGGCAGCAUAUGUCGAACGAGAUGGCUCAUUACGCGACAGAUUGUUGGGAUGCAGAGAUCGAGAAUUCGACUGGCUGGACUGAAUGUGUUGGCUGCGCGGACAGGGCCGCAUACGAUUUGACGGUUCAUUCGAAAAAAACCGGACAUCCACUCGUCGUCAGGGAACCUUUAGACCACCCUAUCGUGACGGAGAAGGAAGUGCCGGUCUUCAAUAAGAAGCUAUUGGGAGUCAAAUUCAAACGAGAUGGUCUCAUAUUGCAAUCCUAUGUGGAAGGAUUAAAUGAACAAGAUCUUUUCAAAAUGAAGGAAGAGUUGGGGAAAGGUGCCACAAGCGUAACAAUUAACGGCAAGACUUUCGAAAUUACAUCCGAGUUGCUCACAAUCGAACGAAAGACGUUCAAGGAGACAAUACGUGAAUAUACUCCGAACGUUAUCGAGCCGUCGUUUGGACUCGGUCGAAUUCUUUAUACGUUGUUAGAGCAUAGCUUCUGGAGCAGAGAACCGGAUAUCGAACGUGGGGUCUUAUCAUUACCUCCCCUGGUUGCUCCAACGAAGGUCUUAAUCGUACCCAUUAGUGCCAAAAAGGAGUUUGAACCCCUCGUCAAUGAAAUCUCUGCCAAACUGCGUCGGGCUGGGGUCUUCUCCCGGGUAGAUGAUUCGAGUGUGUCAAUUGGGAAACGAUAUGCCCGUAACGAUGAGUUGGGUACCCCCUAUGGUAUAACCGUAGAUUUUGCUUCUGUUAAGAAUAGGACUGUCACGCUUCGGGAACGUGAUACCAUGGAUCAACGAAUUGCAACUCUCGAAGAAGUGAUUGCGACUGUAACGGAACUAGUAGAGGGUGGGAUCGAUUGGACAGAGGCCUGUCGUAGAUUACCUGCCUACGAUGGUGUGCAGGCCAUUGACUAAACGUCGAAAUCGAAACGAAUGGGUGUAACCGUAAAUUUAACAAACGCCGGUGUGAGCGAGGAUUGCACUACCAUCUUUUUCCCUACCUUCCAUGGUCAAGAUCAUCUGGACAAGGCAAGCAUGUGGCGUUGAAUGGCGCAACCUGGGUUGACUCCGAGCGUAGCGGCACUCAAAAGAUGCACUUUUUCUUUUUCUCGUUGAUGCAUCAAGGGAUGGCCGAAAGUAUUCAAUCGUUCUUUGAUUCUCUCAUGUCCAAGCACUCAUGAACGUUGCAAAAACUUGGAAAAGCAACCGGUGUCGUAAACAUGUCAGAAAUCUUCCGUUGCG